GUUAUCUCCCUUGCGUCUCCAACAUAAACAAUCAGAAGUUGAAUAUUUGGGAAACAUAUAAAAUUUAGUGACAUUAUAAUGUAGAUGGGACUGGCAUGCACAAGACCUGAUAUAAACAAUGUCAUAGACUUUCCACAAAAAGUAUUGUUGCUCGGGAAAAGCGGUGCAGGUAAAACAAGCUUACUGUAUGCUUGGAAGCUAGGAUGUGAUUCUGUCAUUAAACCAAUACCUACAGAGGAUUUUAAUGUUGAAAAGAUUGAAUAUAAUGGACAAAUCUACAUAAUAUGGGAUCUUAGUGGUGCUCCCAAUUACCAUCCAAGAUGGAGACAGUUUUACCAUGGAACAAAUGUGCUAGUUAUAGUUGUAGACAGCAGUGACAAAGACGUUAUGAGAUCACUGAGGGAAGAUGUCACCUCCAUUCAACAGGAAAGGGAUUUAGAUGACAUUCCAUGUGUACUUAUAUUCAAUAAAUCUGACAUAGCUGGUGAGAAAGCAGAAGCAAUAGAGAAGACUACAAACUUCCCAAGUUCACCAUAUCUUCAUGUUAUCUCCUGUUGUGCCAAAGAUGACAAUAGUUGUAAAGCAGCUUUAGCAAAAAUAUCUGAUGUAUGUAGGAAUUCAAAAUUGCCAGAACAAUAGAUCCAUUUUUAUGUUGUAUUCAAAAUAUGCUGUUGGUUAUUAUAUUGAAAGAUCCUCACAAAACUCAAUCUAAACAUCUGUAAUUUGUCUUAUUUUAUCAGUUAAUAUCUAAAAACCAUUCAAAAGAUUAACUAAGGGCUCUUCUAGAAUUAAACACAUUGGGGGCAUAUGAGUCACCUUUUUUUGGGCCCUAAGGGCUAUUCCAUUAAAAUGUAUGUGGGAGGGUAGGAAGGGAAGUUUAAUUAUUGAAUGUGGGUCAUGGGUCUUUUUUCAGUAUGCGUCUAUUACCAUUAUGCAAAAUUAUCUAAAAAAUGGUUCUUGGUUGUAGGGAUAUUUUGAAAGUCCCUUCCUACCCUCCCACAUACAUUUUAAUGGAAUAGCCCUAACCACCCCUAAUAUAAAAUUUCCAUUUUACUAAUAAUUCUUAAAAAAUUCUAAGAAAAAUUUUACCUCCACAAUUGAUAAAUUUGAGUACCCAGCCCCCAAAACCAGACAAUUUUGGGAUGGCCCUAAAAUGAUGGGCUCCAGUAAGGUCAGUAUGAAUAUUAAAGCCUUUAGUACAAUCUCUCAACUUAAAAAGAUUUAUAAAAUGAGCAGAUUUAUGAUUAAGGAUGUUCCGGGCUAAGAUUCUAAAUUAAUCAUUUUAAAAAUGAAGUCUUUUUCAACAGCUAAUGUAUAAUACAUUAAAAUUAAACAAAAAUCAAGAAAGGUGUGUGUGUGUGUUUGUUUUUUGUUUUGUUGUUUUGUUGUUUUUUGGAUUUUUGGAAUUUUUUUAGGUUCUAGUAUUUUAGAAAUUAGAAUUUUUGACAAAUAACAAUGUCUCUUGAUUUUCAUAUAUAUGCUGAACUGUAUGAAAAAGUAUUAAAUAUGCACAAAAUGUCAAAAUAUUUUACAAGAAGUGUAUGGAAGAUGUGUUUAAAAAAAUAAUGAGAGAUAUAGGGACAAAAAUUGUUUCAGUGCAUUGCCUAAAAAAGCAAUGGGGCUUAGAAAAUAUAAAGUAAGAGUUGAAAACAUGAGAAACACAUAUUCAAUCAUGAAUAGAAGAAGAUGUGGUGUAAACAUCAAAAAGACAGCAACCCAGUGACAGACAACUGGAAAGAUGAUUCAUGGUCUAGUAACUUUAGUAGUCAAGAUCAAAUCUUAAGUUAAUAAUGGUUUUUGAACAUUCAAUUUUUGUAAACAAAUGAAACUAACUCAAAACAUUUUUGUCAAACAUACAACAAUUUGUCACAGAAGGGAGACAUAGUAAUCAUACAGUCUGUCCUUGGUGUCUAAGGUGUUAAAAUUUAGGUUCAGUCUGUGGUUGAAUUUCUUUUUAACCAUCAAUAACUUUGUCAAACCUUCAUGAUCAACAAACAAUAUCUGGAUAAAUACUAGCUAGACUAGAAACCGGGUUCUCUGAACCUUUAUGAAUGUUUCAUCAUUCAAUAGUUAUGAAUUUCAUAAUCUAAAAGAAACUACGUAAAGUUAAGUUUAUUUUUUUUUUUUUUUCUGACAGCAUGUGUGGUAGGUAUAUUUUUGCUUUUCACUGUAUUUGGCAGUUAAGCUUGUACUUUAAUGUAUGAAAAGCUUUACAAUUACGCAGCAUUUUCAAUAACAUAAGACAAAGACUUAUGAAUAUUUUGCUUACUUAUUGAAUUCAGGUUGUACAUGUUUUUUAUUUAAAAAAAAAGGUUGUAUUGUUUUACUUUUUUUAUAUACAUGAUUUUAUUUAUAUGUUUUAGUGCUAACAUACAAAUUGUUGUCCAUUUACGUGUAUUGUGUGAACAUUUUUAAAAUUUUAUAAUAAAAUAUUAUUAGUUUUG